AUGUCUUCUACUACCGAUGCUUCUGUUGAACGAUAUAGGGAUUUUAUUGCUUCUCUGAUAUCAAGUGCCUCUUAUGCUAGAGCUUUGUCAGAGGUUUCUUCAUCAUCAGAUAUUGACUUUUUAGCCAAAAUACUUCUUGAUAUUGCCAAUGCUACCAAUAGAAGUCAACAACUCAUCAAGGAACUUAUCUAUUUUGAAAUUAGCAAAUAUCAACAUAUGCCAACAACAAUUUUCAGAAGUAACUCAUUGGCCAGCAAAGCGCUUGGCCUUUAUGUUCGUGAUGUAGGCUACCAAUAUUUAAAGAAUACAAUAGGAACACUUUGUGAUGAUCUUAUAGUAGAUGCUAAAAGUUUAGAAAUUGAUCCGAAGGCUCUUGAAGAGGAAAAGGACCCAGAGAAGAAACUUCAACAAAAUAUAGAAAGGCUAACUGAAUGGAGUGCAAAGUUUCUUGAUAGAAUGAUGUCUGCAGAUGUAAUAGAUAAGAUGCCAAAAGAAUUGAGGCUUAUUGCUCGUUUUAUUGGACAAGUUAGUGAUUCUUUACAAUUGGAUACACCUGUUUUAAUUGGUGGUUAUAUCAUGUUACGUUUUUUCAAUCCUGCCAUUGCUACUCCUGAUGCUAUGAAUUUAACAACAAAGAAAAAGACAAAAGUUUCACAAAGAAACUUUAUUUUAAUUACAAAAGUUAUUCAAAACUUGGCCAAUAAUGUCUUGUUUGGAAACAAGGAAAGAUUUAUGAUUUGUAUGAAUGAUUUUUUAACACAAAAGAAAGAUAUCAUGAGAGAAUAUUUAAUGUCUAUUAUUGAUUACUCGGAGAAAGUUGAUGAGAGUUCAGAACUGUAUACAAAAGACGAAUCAGGAAACUUACCUUUUGAAAGAAAGAGCGAAUUGAAUACUACAGUCGAUCCAAAAGCUCUUGAUAUGUCCAAGUUUGAAAAGAGAGAUUUGGAUAAGUUGUACAAACUCUUCUUUGAAUAUUCACCACAAGUUGUUGAAUUCUUCUUAGAGGAAGGUAUAACAAAGGAAAUCAAGCCAAUCUGUAAAGUAAUGAACGGAUGUCUUGAAGUUGUAGAUAUUACAGAAAAACUAGGCGAGCCAAUUUCAUCAAUGCCAAUUAUGACACCUUCUCCAACACCACAAAAUGAUGAUGAGGAUACCGUAUUGGAUAAUGUUACGCUUCAAAUUGAAAAGAUUUUCUCUAAAAUUUGCUUACAAGUUUGGAAACACACAACAAAAAUUGAUGGAUCAGCUAUUGAAAGCAAAUUCUUCUUUUAUAGAGGUAAUAAUAUAUUAACAACAUUCGAGGAAAAAUUACUUGUGUAUUACAUGAUUGGAACUCGUUUGAAAGAUUUGGAUUUCCUCCAAGAUGGAUUAGGUGAAAUUUUAUUCCAUUUUAUUAAGGUAUUGAGACCUUCAUUAGAAAAUAUUAGACCUCCUUCAGUCAAAACAGAUAUUGAAAAGUAUUCUAAAAAGUUUAUGCUUAUUCUUGAUAUGAGUUUCAUCAGCAUGUCAGAAGAACAGGAAAAAGUUUUAGCUACUCUUUUACACAAAUUUUCAAGACUUUUCACACUUGCUCAACAAAAACAAAUUUAUCAAACUGUAGUUUUACAUGCUCCUAAUAUGAUUACCUUCCCAUCAUUUUUGAUUAAACAUUUUGCUAAAACAAAGAUGGCAUCCACUCCAAAGAAGCAAAAGGAUUAUGCUAAAAAGAUUGUAAUGAUGGAAGAUUAUUCUAAAUUACUUGCUCAUGGUUUUAGAAGAGAGGAAGAUAUUCUGAUUCCAGAAGUUUCCAAAUUUAAUGUUCCAAAAACUUACAAGAUUAUCAAGGUUAAUCCAAAAGGAAAGCAUCAAGAAAGGUUGCUCAAGGUUACCAUGAUGUCUCUAUUGAACAUUGACCCUAAGAGUAAGGCUAUUAAGAAUGAGAGAUUACUUUCUGAAAUUGAAGAAAUAUCGGCACCUCCUUCCAAUUUGGAAAUUCACAUGAGAUUUAGACCAAUCACUCCAAAAACUGAUCAACCAAUACCAUACUUCCCUGAUAAUUUGGAUGAUGAUGAUACUGAUGAUGAAACACCAAUGAAUGGUAAGAAGAAGAAAAAGUCAGAAGUUGGUUUCAGAAGGUAUAUUGUUAAUUCUGAACAAGAAAGAGAAGCAGUUUUAGAAGAAAUAUUUGAAACUGUUGUCAGAUCCCAAUAUUGUACAACAUACCAAUCGUUUAAUUCACUUCUUUACAAAGGAACAAGUAAGAAGGCUAAGAGAUUGAUAAAAUUAACUGCAGAUUCAAUGCUUGAAGUAUCUGGUAGAACCAUUAAGAAUGAAUUCCCAUUUAUUGGUAUUGAAUAUUGCAGGUUAACUAGCGCUUCUCCUUUGGCAGAAUUAGAUAACUUUGAUAAUGAAGAAGAAGAAACAGAUCUGUUGACACUUUUAGCUUCAUCUAACCAAAGUGCUUCAACAACUGUUGCUGCAGCUAAUAAUAGUAAGGAAAAGCCAAUUGUUCACAAAGAUAUGGUUUCUUUAAAGAUGAAGAAUGAAGAGGGUGAACAUUUCUUUAUCAUUACCUCAACGGGUUUAGGUCAGGAAUCUGAUACUCAUACCUACGCACUCGAGUUCAUCAAAGCCAUUGAGGAAGGUGUUAAGCGCACAAAGGACAUCAUUACUCAACGAAGCUUAUCAGAGCCAGAAUUCACCUAUGACACCACAGGAGUUGGAGAUAUGUGCAUGAAGUCAGCUGAAAAUAAGUCAUCUGACAAUGUAGAAUCCAAACAAGAAACAGAAUAA